AUGACUCAAACGGCAACAACGACGACGACGACAAACAAUAAUACUUCAGUAGUACCGACUACUACUAAUACUACUACUACCACUUCUAAUUUUAGCAUCCAAAAGAACGGUACAUCAACUAAUGUUCAAUCAACAAGAGAUAAAUCAGGUAAAAGAAUAGAAUUAGAAAAACUAAUAAGAGAAUUUCAAAGUAAAUUAGGUAAGGAUUGGGAAAAAUAUCAUGAAACUUUAAGUUUAUUUUUAAUUGGUAAAUUAUCAAGACCUGAAUUAAUUGAUAUUAUAAAUCCCAUAUUAAAACCUGAAAAUUUAUUUAAAUAUCAUAAUAAAUUAUUAAUGUUAAAUUUUGCAAAUAGUUUAAAAAAUAGUAGUUCAUUAAAUUUUUCAAAUGAAUUAGCAUCAUUUUGGAAUAAAAAAUUAUCAAAAACAUCAAAAAAUGUUAAAAGUUCUCAAUAUGAAAAAUUUAAACUGAAUAUUAUGGGAUUACCUAUAAAAGAAAGAAGAAGAAUUAAAAAUAUAACAAGAGAUUCAGGUAAAAGAAAUAAAUUAAAUGCUGGUAUUACAUUAACUAGACAUACUCUUUUACCUAAAAUACCAAUGAUUCAAGAUAAAGAACAACAACAAUUACAAGUAAAUAAUUUAGUACAAUGGCAACAAGAUGUAUUAAAUGGUAUUAAUGCACCAAUAUCAACUGAAAGUUAUGAAAUCCCCGAUGCUGAUAAUCCAUCAAAAUUAAUGUUAAUGACAAUGAGAGAACAUGGUUUAACUGGUGGAUUAAAUUCAGGAGUAAUGGAAGUUUUAUUAUUAGGUUUAAAAUCUCAUUUAAAAAAUAUAGUUGAAAGUGCAAUUGAUGUUGCAAAAUACAGGAAAAAUAAAUAUACAAAUAAUGAUUAUGUCCCAUAUGAUAAACCACCAACUCAAGAUUUAGAAACAUCACCAUCGAAGAAAAGGAAAUAUGAAGAAGUUGAAAAUAGUAAAGAUAUAAUUUUAUCUGUUGAAGAUUUAAAUGAUACUUUUGAAAUGUUUCCAUAUUUAAUAGAACCAAAUGGUCCAAGAUUAAGAUUAAGUAAUGUUUUAUUAGAAAAUGAUGAUUAUAAAGGUAAAGAUUUUAAUUAUACAUUACCACCAAAACCUAUAUCAUAUAUUACAAAAAAACCAAUAGAUACAUCAGUUCCUAAUAAUUCCAACAACAAUACCAAUAGUAAUGAGAAUAAUAAUAAUGAUUCAAAUAAAAAAUCAGAUCAAUCAAAUAAUUCAUCUGCCUCGUCACCAACUCAAGUACAACAACAACAACCAUUACCUAGACCGGAUGCUCAUAUAGGUACAAAUGAUGAAUUGAAAUGGGUAUUACAUGAUUUAAUCUCAACCAUGUAA